CUCUCUCUCUCUCUCUCUCUCUCUCUUUCCCCCCACCCCUCCCACUUCAAUGUCCAUCUGGAAGCGAGUCAAGUCGAUUGUCAAAAAGCCCUUUGACACGCUCGACUACUCGGACUGCGACCUCAGCUAUGUCCCCGCAGAGGUGUUCGACACGCCAAAGCAGCUCGAGCAGCUGAUUCUCGACACGAACAAGCUCGUCGGAUUGCCGCUCACAAUGGAGCGCUUGACCUCGCUCGUCUCGCUGAGCUGCUGCGAAAACCAGCUGCGAACACUGCCGUCGGGAUUCGGAUCGCUCUCAAAGCUGGAGGAGCUGCGGUUGCGCGACAACCAGAUUGCAGAGCUGCCAGAGGAGAUCCAGUCGCUCAUUGCCCUUCGCGUGCUGCAGCUCAACGUCAAUCAGCUGUCGCUCUUGCCGCGCGGCGUGCUGGCCCUCAGCAGCCUGCAGGUGCUCGACCUGUCCGAAAACCAAAUCCACCUGCUGCCCACCGAGCUCGGCGUUUUGAAAAACCUGACAGAGUUGUGGGUUCGCGAAAACCUCCUGCGCUCGCUGCCCGACCAGAUUUGCGAGCUGACCAACCUCGUCAAGCUGGGCGUCGGCGGCAACACUCUGGGCGAGUUGCCUCAAAACAUUGGCCGCCUGGUCAACCUCGAAGAGCUCUGGCUGGACGACAACGACCUGACCGAGCUACCGCCAUCAUUCAGCUCGCUCAAAUCGCUCAAGCUGCUCGAUCUCACGUCCAACCACCUGCGAACGCUGCCGGCCGACUUUGGCAACCUCACCGCGCUGACAGAUCUAUGGCUCACCUCCAACGACCUCACGUCGCUGCCAGCUUCCAUCGGCAACCUGCGCAACAUGCACUCGAUUGCCGCCGAAAACAACAAGCUCGAAGUCCUGCCGGCGACCUUCUUCUCGGCAACCAGCUUGCGGGAAUUCCGCUUCUCCAACAACUACCUCGAGGAGCUACCAGCAGGCAUUGAAAACCUAACCGAGCUCCACUCCAUCUACCUCGAGCGCAACGACGUCUUUGAGCUGCCCGAGCUCCUCGGCCGCUGCACCAAAAUCACAAACCUCUUCCUGUCGGACAAUCUGCUGGUCAGACUGCCCUCAUCGAUGGGGUCGCUGCAGUCUCUCUCAGUGCUUAGUUUGAACAAUAACCGCCUUGCCUGCCUGCCCCUCGAGCUCAAGCACAUUGCCUCGUUGAGCGCGCUCUGGCUCAGCGAUACGCAGCGGAAACCAGUGCCAGCGCUCCACGAAGCCGUUGUCAAGUACCAACAACCAAGGCGAAAGCAGCCACGCAAGCAGAGCCUCACCCCGCGCCGUCGCCGCGCUGCCGAACAGGCCGACGCCGCGAAUGGCAACGACGGGUCGUCGAGCAGCUUGACAAACGUAGGGCCGGGAAAUGAUGACGAGGAUGCCGAGGACGACGACGAUGAAUCCCAGCUUGAGUUUGAGGACGUUGAGGAACUCGCGCUGACCUGCAUCUAUCUGCCGCAACUGGAGCCGACCGAAGAAACCUACUCGUUUGCAUCGCCCAUACUACCCGGGCGCUCGCCAAUGAUUUCGCCAAAAGUCCUUCUCCAGCAGCAAAAGGAAAUUAUGCAACACCACGGCCAGGUGGUUGAUCCACCACACCACCUGACCCAAUCUCCCGGGCAACAUUCACAAUCCAACCCGCAGCGCAAUGCUCAAUUCCCCCUGUUCACGCAAGCACGCCGACAGCACGAUGCGGACGAGGCAGAGGAUGCACACGCUACCGACCCUGCCGAUGAUGCGGAUGAUGCGUCUGCGGGCCCAGAAGAAGGCGGCGGCAGCAGCAGCAGCACUCAGCAAACUCCCGCCACUGAAAGUAACGGGCUGGCUACUUCCGACGAUCCCUCAACCGCGACCUCUUCGCCUGAUGGCGCCACCGAGCAGUCGACCAGCCUCGAAGAAGCGUCGACGCCAAGUCCAGUCGCCGCUGCGUCAGAGAUUCUCGCCGAGUCUUAGUGAGAAAAAGCUAUUGAUUGUGUCUGUAAUCUGUGUGCCCAGAGUGUAUUCAAAUUGUUGUGCAAGUAUCUAUGGAUUAUAACUUUGAAAGUCCACUGCGACGAAC